GCACCCCGGGGGCGGACCGGGCCGAGAGGCUGGAGCCGGGUCUCUGCCGCGAGAGACCCGAGAGAGUUGUCUUCCUGGGCCGGAGGCCGGGCGAGGGGCGGCGGGAGAACGCAGUGCCCGCUCUGUGGCCAUGUCUGCGUCCGCAGGAAGCCGUGGCCCCGCGAAUCUGCGCCCUCAGGCCGAACCGGGCCGGACCCCCGCGCCCCCCCGGGAGCCCGGCAGAGGGCAGUGACCAGCACCUUCUGUGCGUCCUGGGUCCCCCCGGAGAAACAGGAAAGCCGGAGGGAUGGCAACUGACAUGCAGAGGAAGAGAAGCGGCGAAUGCCCUGAUGGCACGUUGGCUCCUUCUGAUGGGCAGAGUGUGGAAAGAGCUGAGAGCCCCACACCAGGACUGGCCCAGGGAAUGGAGCCAGGUGCCGGGCAGGAGGGUGCCAUGUUUGUCCACGCCCGUUCCUAUGAGGAUCUGACUGAGUCUGAGGAUGGGGAGGCAUCUGGGGAGACCCCCAAGGAAGGUGUUGGAGGUCCCCCACCACUGCCUGCAGACAUGCGCCAGAUUAGCCAGGACUUCAGCGAGCUGAGCACCCAGCUAACAGGUGUGGCCCGUGACCUGCAGGAGGAGAUGCUGCCUGGAAGCUCUGAGGACUGGCUGGAGCCCCCAGGGACAACAGGGCGACCAGCCACAGAACCCCUCAGGGAGGGCACAGCUGAAGGGGAUGAGGAGGAUGCUACCGAGGCAUGGCGCCUACACCAGAAGCACGUCUUUGUGCUGAGCGAGGCGGGCAAGCCGGUGUACUCCCGAUAUGGGUCGGAGGAGGCACUCUCCAGCACCAUGGGUGUCAUGGUGGCCCUGGUAUCCUUUCUGGAGGCAGACAAGAAUGCCAUUCGCUCCAUUCAUGCAGAUGGCUACAAGGUGGUAUUCGUGCGCCGGAGCCCACUGGUGCUGGUGGCGGUGGCGCGCACGCGGCAGUCAGCACAGGAGCUGGCUCAGGAGCUGCUCUACAUCUACUACCAGAUCCUCAGCCUUCUCACGGGUGCGCAGCUGAGCCACAUCUUCCAGCAGAAGCAGAACUACGACCUGCGACGCCUGCUCUCGGGCUCGGAGCGUAUCACCGACAACCUGCUACAGCUCAUGGCACGGGACCCCAGCUUCCUGAUGGGGGCAGCGCGCUGUCUGCCCCUGGCCUCAGCCGUGCGCGACGUCGUGAGCGCCAGUCUGCAGCAGGCGCGGGUGCGCAGCCUUGUCUUCUCCAUCCUACUGGCGCGAAACCAGCUUGUGGCUCUUGUGCGCCGCAAGGACCAAUUCCUGCACCCUAUCGAUCUGCACCUGCUCUUCAACCUCAUCAGUUCCUCCUCAUCCUUCCGUGAGGGCGAGGCCUGGACACCUGUGUGCCUACCCAAAUUCAAUGCCGCAGGCUUCUUCCACGCACACAUCUCAUACCUAGAGCCUGAUACUGACCUCUGUCUGCUGCUGAUUUCCACCGACCGUGAGGACUUCUUUGCUGUCUCCGACUGCCGUCGCCGCUUCCAGGAGCGCCUGCGCAAGCGAGGAGCCCAUCUGGCCCUGCGCGAGGCACUGCGCACACCUUACUACAGCGUGGCUCAAGUGGGCAUCCCGGACCUGCGCCACUUCCUCUAUAAGUCAAAGAGCUCAGGACUGUUCACCAGCCCUGAGAUUGAGGCCCCGUACACAAGUGAAGAAGAGCAGGAGCGGCUGUUGGGCCUCUACCAGUACCUGCACAGCCGUGCCCACAAUGCCUCCCGCCCCCUCAAGACCAUCUACUACACAGGACCCAACGAGAACCUCCUGGCCUGGGUGACAGGCGCCUUUGAGCUCUACAUGUGCUACAGCCCCCUGGGGACCAAGGCUUCUGCUGUCAGUGCCAUUCAUAAGCUGAUGCGCUGGAUCCGCAAAGAGGAAGACCGCCUCUUCAUUCUUACGCCCCUCACCUACUGAUGGGAAUGUGUGCAGGCUCAGCCCUCCUGGGCCCACUGGGACAUGGGAAGCCAUGGGAGCCUCCAGGUGGGGCUAGCCUUUUCCUACCCAGCAAGCAGGCAGGGACUGUGGGUUGGCGUGUGCAUUAAAAUCCUUUGGGGAAGAUAUUUGUCAA